AUGAAAAACUCGAUCUACGAUCGCCUUUGGCGCCGGGAAUGCGGGGAAUCGUUGCGGUAUGCUGGGCUUCGGGGAAUUUAUGGAUCUAAGGAAUGGGUCAAUGAUCUUGACAUUGUGAAUGAGCUCGGUGGCCAUACUGGAUGUGUCAAUGCUCUCAGUUGGUCAAGUUCAGGGCGUCUGUUAGCAUCAGGCUCCGAUGAUAAGCACCUCAAUAUCUACUCCUACCAACCCGACUCCUCCAAUGCUCCGUUCGCGCUCAACACAACCGUUUUCACCGGCCAUAGAGCCAACAUCUUCUCCGUGAAGUUUAUGCCACACUCGAAUGAUGGGACUCUGGUUACAUGCGCCGGCGACUCGCAGGUUCGCGUCUUCGAUAUCGAAUACUCAAAUAGGACUAGUAAUGAUGCCGCUACCACCGCAUUUGCGGCUUCCACUCGGAGGCGGCGCUUCAACGAGUUCUUCAGUGGCGCGCGGUAUCUAAGUGACGGCAAUACCAACGCCAGAGUGUAUCGAAGUCACUCAGAUCGCGUGAAGCGCAUUGUCACCGAAUCUUCCCCAUUCCUCUUUCUCACUUGCUCUGAGGAUGGUGAGGUCCGCCAGUGGGAUCUGCGACUACCAUCUAGUGCAUACCCUCCAUCGCGGGGCGGUCUUAGCCUCAUGACACAGGGGUCGGGAAAUGAUGACUCUAAUGUUCCGCCCCCCUUAAUCUCAUACAAGCCAUACAGCUUGGACCUCAAUACGAUUUCUUGCUCGCCGAGUCAACCGUAUUAUAUUGCCUUGGGUGGUGCGCACGUCCACUGCUUCUUGCAUGACAGGCGGAUGCUUGGCCAGGAUACCUCCACUGCAAGGGGCAGCAGACCUACACCAAGCGCCGGCAGUUCCGCUGAUGAGGAAAUGAGCAAGGCGACGCGAUGUGUGCGAAGAUUCGCACCGGGUGGCAAGCAUCAUAUGAAGUAUGUUGAUGACGGACACAUCACUGCUUGUAAAAUCAGUGACGCAAACCCCAGCGAGAUGGUUGUUAGUUGGUCUGGGGAUCACAUCUACAGUUUCGAUUUGAUUCGCAGCCCAGAUGCCAGAGAGACCCGGGCCGGCAAUAAAUCGACCACCAAAGGCAAGGGUCAACGGGCUCGCCGUAGUUCACGGAGCCGAAAGCGCAAGAAGCCCACGACGCCUUCAUCGCAGGAAAGCGGUGGUCGACACCAGUCUCGUCGUCGCUCAGCAGAGUCAGAUACUUUUAGAGCCCAGCACGAGAAUGGCGAGGAAGAGGAUGUUACAUUUCCCACAGCCUCAGAUAGUGAUCAAGGCAUCACUUCCCAGCGUUUGCUCGAGCAGGCUCGAUAUGCUGUACUAAACGAGUCCCAGCGAUUGAGCAUGCAUAUUGCAAAAAGGUUGGUAAAACUUCGACAGACUUUGUUCUCUCUAGAAACUACGGUUCGGGAGGCCGCAGGGUCCGGGGACGUGAGACCCGAAUCGUACUCGGGAUCCUUUACAUCCGCUCUGGAAAUUGCUUCGUCGCUUCUUCCACAAAUGGGCGAUAUCAUGCGCGAAUGGAGCUACCCCAUGAACCCUUCACGGGAGACUGUUAAUCUCCAACAAUCACUUCGUCGCAAUCGUCAAUCUUCGUGGAGAUUUGUCCAAGCUGCUGGUACGCUAGCUCACGCGUUAGCAGACCAAACGCAAGAUCCGGAAACAUCAAACUUCGAGAUGAUCAAGCCUGCGCCGGGCGAAGACGACCCUAUUGACCCAGUGGCCCUGUUCGGUUAUGAAUUCCUCCGAGCAAUCCUUCUCUGGCUUCAGGGCGGCAGGCAGCGUCUUCUUGAGGGUUUUCAACGUCGCAAUGCCCCUCGACGAUUACACAGCCGUUUCCCAAUCCCGGAUGAAUCCGGAGAGGACGCCAUUGAAACCAUUCUGGUGCCUUAUAUUAUGGAAUUGGCGCGAGACACUCCGAUUGUGAAUGUCGAUGCGAACAGAUUCGAGCAUGACAGUACGCGCAUCCUGUUCCAAACCCAACGGGCUGCUAUGACAGCAUUUGGAAAUGCUGUCAAAUUGCCCUUGGAAGAUCUCGGAGGCUCAGCUGCUAGGUUCGACAGGCGUCGUGAUUCUAAUCCUACGUCACAGAUCCGCUCUCUCGACCGUGCCUCUGCGAAGAGGUUCUGGGCUUUGCGAGUAGGAAGAGGAAUCUUGAUGGAGGCAGGUAGGGAAGUAAAUUACAUAUUUGUCGACAAUGCUUUCGGCGGUCUCCACGCUACAAUGAAUGGAUCUGAGAGCGACUCUGGUGAAGAGAGAAACCAGACAGAUAUUGACCCUAAUGAGGAGGAAGAACUCGCCAGGGCUGGUAGUUCUGUUGCCAGGCAUAAUAAUCCUCGGCCUGAAAGCUCCCGAGGCGGUGCAACAUCUUCUUUUAAUGGCAGCGUUGAUGCAGAUGAAGAUGAGAGCGAUGGUAGCCGGGCAGAGGAGUCAACUGACGAUGAAGAGCUUGAUGGCUGGUCCUCGGAUUCAUCUUUGGAUGAAGAUGGCGAGGAAUCUGAUUCAGAUGAUAUCAUAUCCCGGAGAUAUGCCAUUCGAAAGGCGCAACAUAAAAUUCUUGAGCGUCAUGUUCCAUGUGUACCUCAUAUGCGAAGCUAUCGCGGUCACUGCAACGUCAAGACCGUCAAGGAUGUCAACUAUUUCGGACUUAAUGAUGAGUACGUGGUCAGCGGCUGUGAUUCUGGUCACAUAUUUAUCUGGGAUCGCAAAACAUCAAAUCUGGUCAACAUCCUAGAAGGUGAUAGUGAGGUUGUCAAUGUUGUUCAAGGCCAUCCUUAUGAACCAAUGAUCGCUGCCUCGGGAAUUGACAACACCAUCAAAAUCUUUUCGCCAGACCAAAACGCCCAAGAGGAUGCCCGUAAUGGUGUGAACAUCCUCGACCCCGACAAUCCAUCCAACAAGUUUGGACGAACCAACUCGACGAUUGGCGGUCUCGAGAGCCGAAAGCGAGUCCAUGAAAGCUACCGCAUCAUGAGCCAAAACGAUGUUGAGCGUCGUGGCGGUAUGAACGAGGCACACAUCACUCGGAGUAUGCUUGAGCGUCUAGCUACCAACCUGAGAGGCGGACAUGGUGGCCUUGGAGUUGGAAUUGAAGAUAUUGGCUCUCCUGGUGAACAUCGAACUAUUGUUAUCGAUGAUAAUUGCUCGGUGAUGUAA